GGGGUUCCCAGAACCUACAUUAACUGAGAAAAGGAAAAAACCAGACUAAGAUAGGCAGUCAGGAGUGGUAGCAACCCUGUAAUCCCAGUACUCUCAAAGCUGAGGCAAACAGGUUGCUUUAAAUUCUAGGCUAGUCUGGAUUACAGUGAAAUCCAACCUAUAACUUCGGUCUCUGCCCCCUCAAGAAUGGGAGUGAUGUUCUCCAUUCCUGUAGCCCCAACACUUGGGAAGUGGAGCAAGGGUUCUUUUCCAGGUUGUUCUAUGAGAGUGUAUUACAAAGCACCAGUAAAAAACGAUGCACCGAAACAAAAUGUUUCCGUAGUGCUAAAGAGGGUAGUGGCAGGUAAUUUUGUCUUAUUAACAAGACAGAGAUCCGAAAAACCUUCCCACCAACCUGUCCUUUUUUUCAUCUCAAGAACCUCUAUUUUCUACAGAAGCCUAAACUAUGCGGGCUGAAAACCAAAGGUUUGCUGAUUUCUCUCAUCAUAACCUUGUUUUUUCGUUUGUUUUGUUUUGUUUUGUUUUUCGAGACAGGGCUUCACUGUAUAGCCUUGGUUGGCCUGGAACUCAUUCUGUAGAUCCAUCUACCUCUGCCUCCCUAGUACUGGGAUUAAAGGCGUGCGCUACUACCGACUGGUGGAGGUGGUGAUGUGGGUCUUAAUGUUUCCUAAACGUCUAUAAAAGAGUUUUAAUCCACUCCUUUUGCGAUCUGUGCAUUCGAUCUGCUCCAGUUCCCUAGCCACAGUAAGCAGACCUUGUGGCCGCCACAUUCAGCCUUGGAGGAGGGCAGGGGCAGAGACCAGCUAUGUGCACAGUCUUCCUUAAGUGUCCGAGGUAUGCGCCCCUUCCUGCACCCUAGCCUCUCGUAGGGAAAAGCCGGACUGAGCGUCAGCUUUCAGGGUCCAGGAGGACCGGAAGCAAAUGCUGGCCUCCUUCAGCGCAGGCGCCACCCAGCAGGUCCCAUUGGUGGAUGUGGACCUUCCCUGUGGUGCGUCCCCGGCUCUUGAGCCUCUCAAAUCCUGUUUAGCGUGGCGUCCUCAGUCGCUCAUGAUUCUCAGGUCUUUUGGAUCUGGGGAGGGCGUGGAAGAGGACUUUCUGUGCAGCCCCUUAACCCCCCGAGGGACGGCCUAGUCCUUUAACCUCACCCAGCAAGAGUACCGAUGUCAGAACCACUGUGAUCUCGGACUCUACCGAAGAAAGCGAGAGGAGAGUGGUCCAAACCUCGCUGCGGAUUCUGUGCCGAACCUAAAGACGAGCCCAUGUUACAGUCAAAACCGUGCGCCUUCGAAAGGCAGGUUUCAAUUUCUGCAAGGUUCGAGGCAGGACGCCUACGCAAACUGUAGAGCCCAAGCUAUGGCGACCGAACAUCCCCCAGCAGAGGGAGCACAGUCGGCCCUCUCUGCUACCCAGCGCGAGGAAGAGCUUCAGAAACCCAACUAUGCUGUCAGACUUACUCUUGCGGGCCACUUGGCGGCUGUCUCAUCAGUUAAAUUUAGUCCUAAUGGAGAAUGGCUAGCAAGUUCUGCUGCUGAUGCACUAAUUAUAAUUUGGGGAGCAUAUGAUGGGAAAUGUAAGAAAACACUCCGUGGUCAUAAUCUGGAAAUAUCAGAUGUUGCCUGGUCUUCAGAUUCUAGUCGUCUCGUUUCUGCCUCAGACGACAAGACUCUAAAGUUAUGGGAUGUAAGAUCUGGAAAAUGUUUGAAAACAUUGAAGGGACACAGUGAUUUCGUUUUCUGCUGUAAUUUCAACCCACCAUCCAACCUCAUCGUUUCGGGAUCUUUUGAUGAGAGUGUGAAAAUAUGGGAGGUGAAAACAGGAAAGUGCCUCAAGACUUUGUCUGCCCAUUCGGACCCUAUUUCGGCCGUACAUUUUAAUUGCAAUGGGUCCUUGAUAGUAUCGGGGAGCUAUGAUGGUCUUUGUAGGAUCUGGGAUGCUGCCUCAGGCCAGUGUUUAAAAACAAUUGCUGAUGAGGGUAACCCUCCUGUGUCCUUUGUAAAAUUUUCUCCAAAUGGAAAAUAUAUUCUCACUGCAACUUUGGACAAUACUCUGAAACUGUGGGAUUACAGCAGAGGCAGAUGCCUGAAGAUGUACACUGGCCAUAAGAAUGAGAAAUACUGCAUAUUUGCCAGUUUCUCUGUUACUGGUGGGAAGUGGAUUGUGUCCGGCUCGGAGGACAACAUGGUUUACAUCUGGAACCUUCAGACUAAAGAGAUUAUACAGAAGUUGCAAGGCCACACAGAUGUUGUGAUCUCUGCGGCUUGUCACCCUACAGAAAACAUCAUUGCAUCAGCAGCAUUAGAAAAUGACAGAACAAUUAAACUGUGGACAAGUGACUGCUGAAGUCUCUGGCAAUCGAUGAGUCAAGUUGAAUUAGAAACAAGAUAGAAAGGAUGAUUUCUCUGAAGCUCAGUGUGGUUUUGUAGUUUUUUUUUCAAAUUGUCUUUGAUUGUAUGAGUAUGAGGCAUUUUCAUUUGUGAAAUGAGACCACUGUAAAAGCAAAUCUAGAAACUGCGGCUUCUGAUUCUUAAAUCUUGAGACCUGUUGGCAAUCUCAUGUGUCCAUGCCUGGACAGCAUCUCAUUCUUUUUCUUUCCACAGCUUUCCCAGUGGGGAGGGUAUUUGGAAUAUUUAGAAGGUUGACAGAGCAGGAUGACUGUGGGGAAGGGGAACUUGUAGUUUCUGGUUUGGGAAGUCAUUAAGGACAGCGGCAUGAGUUUAGGGAGGAAAUGAGAGGAUUGGCAAUAUCUUACAUGUCACUUGAAUAUUUUUGGUGUUAUUCUACAUGAUGGGACAUCAAAUUGCCAAAUUAAUCUGUCAAGUUGGGGACAAGUCGUAGUCCGGUUCAUUCUACAAGUCUUCACACUUAGGCAUGUGUUGUGGGGUCAGAGGACGACUCUCAGGAGCUGAGUCUCCUUCCUCUGUGGGCUCCAGGUAGUGAACUCAGGCCAGGCUUUCUCAACAGGAUCUUUUGUUACCCGAGCCAUCUUGCAGGCCCAGAAUCUUACAUUGUUUUUGAGAAAGGGUCUUUCUCUGUAGCCCUGUAGGCCUGGCUGCCUUGUAAACCAGGCUGGUCUCAAACUCACAGAUCCACCUGCCUCUACCUCCUCAGCAUCUUAAACUUUUAACUGAAAAAAAAAAAAUCUCCUUAAGUACUUGGUUAGAUUGUACCAUUUUGUGACAGGCAAAUUACAUGUGAAGAUUGUGACCGCUCUUCAGUAUUAGACCUCCUAACUCCUGCCCAACACUCUCAACUCAGGCAUCACCUUAUAAAUACUAUGGUUGCCUGCCUGCCACCUCAGUGAGCAGCUGAGGUAGCUUUUCCCCCUCCUUUUUACAGUUUCUUAUAAAGCUCAAAGUGUACAGUUAUCAACUUGCAAUUGAGGUGGCUUCAUGGGCCAUGUAUUUUUUAGACAAUAAACACUAAGAUCAGGCUUUAA